AUGCAAAAAGGUAGACCAUUUAAAUCUAUUGCUGAAAAUGUUCGCAAGUCUUUAGAACAGUUUAAAGGCAAAGAAAUUAUUGAAGAAAAUAAAUAAGAAGCUGUCAGGUUUUUCGAAUAGACCUCUGAAAAGUUAAAUAUGCUAUUGCUCAAUGUCAAUGAAACUUUUGAAUUUGACAUAAAGUAAAGGUUAAUGGAGACUUUGGGUAAGGACUUUGGAUAAGAAGCAGUGUUGAAUCGAUUUGAUGAUUUCAUAGUGUAUCUUAACAGAAUUACCAGCGGGCCUGUGAAAAGAUUCCUCGGUAUUCAUGAAUUUGAUAGACAGGUGAUGAAAGACUCUUUCAAAUAUAAUUUUUCAUAGUAUGGAUCAAAGCAGAUCUUUUAUAAUGAGCUCUUGAAUCAAAAAGAUGAGGGUGGAACCAAUGAUGCUCAUGUUAACUUUUAGAUAAGUGGAAAGAUUGAUCUUCAUCAAAGUGCCAAAGAUAAAUUUAUCUUGACUGUUACAAUCGGCGAUUAUAUUCAGUAUAUGACUAAAGGUACUAAAGAAGUUACUAGGAAAAAACUUCAGCACUUCAUGCAAGCAAUUAAAACUGUAUUAGAAAAGGUAGUAGGAAUUAAUGGCAAGUAUAAACCAACCUAAGUCUCUUAUAGUUUGAAGGGCUUGAUCUACUUCAAAAAGGAGGACUUGCUCAAAUCAAAAGUUCAAAUUACUCUAAGGUAUAGUCCAUAUAUUUGUUCAUCUUAAUACAAACAACAUUUAGUGCUGGGAUUGAUAGUCUUAUGCAUAAACACAGUGAAAUUGCAAGAUAUUAGUGAAGAAGAAGUGAAGGUAAUUGAAGAAAAUGUAGAAGGUACUUAAAAAAAGGAAGACACGACAGAGGAUGAUCACAUUAUGAGAGAAUGGGAAAAGCUAAUGGUUGAUUUCAUUCCAGAGUUCAAUGUUGGAUUUAAAUUGCAAGCGAAAUAAGAACAGUCCUACUAUGAAGAUAUCGAAUAAGGACAGACAGUAUUAGCUAGAGGUGUCUACUUUGCUAGAGGAGCUGAUAAGGAAAAGGGAGUCAUUGAUUUCUUUGUAUUAGAUCCAAAGAGACAAGUUAUUUACAGCAGAAGAAAGAAGAGCGAGGGAGUAUUUAGUUUAACAUUAACGACUCCGGGACAAUACACCUUCAUUUUCUCAAACUUAAAAUAAAAGCAACCAAAAGAGGUGUAAUUCUAUAUUCAAACUUAAGGAAAUGAUGAAGGCAAAGUAGUCGAAUAAGUGAAUACUGGAACAUCUACUGAUCAAAAUUAGGCAGAGACAACUCAGCAAGAUUAUAUAAAUCUGCAAAAUAUUUUGUAUGAUGAAGCAGAGCAGAUAGUAGAAUUUGAACACCUUAGAAACUUAACAGAUGACAUUGUCAAGAUCCAAAUGUAACUUACCUCUGUCCAAAUUGAACAAAGAGUAUCUAAUAAAAGAUUAGAACACUCAAAUGAACAUAUUGAGGCGAAUUCAAAAUACAGUUUCUAUGUCAGUUUGGUUGAAGGAUUAAUCUUCGUAGCAAUAGCCUCAUAUCAAGUUUACUAUAUUAAAAAUCUAGUUGAAAACAAAAGGCUUUUAAUUUGA